AUGACCUUCAAGGAGAUUGGACAAGCCCUUGGUCUUCAGGAUUUGGAGGAAUCAUCCAUCCCUAUCCUAUAUGAUGCCCCUAGAAAGGAGAGCAUUGCUAGAAUAGUUUGGAAGGUGUUGGCGGGGAAGACUCGCAAGCCAAGCCGUGACAAGAAUGCUUCCAUUCGCCACCCUUCAGUGCGCUACCUCCACCGGUUAAUUGUCCACACCAUGUUUCCAAGAAAGGAACCAGGCGCUGUUAAUGAUGAAGAGCUACAACUUCUUCACCAAACCAUUCAGCAUUAUGCUCAUCCUUCUCAGUUGCCUUUUGUCGAUACUGAUUUCUACAAGAACUUUGGAAUGGUGGGAUUCUUUGUGAAGCACCUCGUCCACUACAAGGAAUGGGCUUCGACAACAAGUGACUCAGAGCCUCAGCAUCAAAUCACCAUUGAUUCUUGGGCUCAUCAUGAAGGGAGCCUUGAAACUCCUAUCAUCAAUUUGACAGAUGAAAGAUAUAAGUCUAAUAAGGAUCAUCUAGAGACGGUUAUAGACUGGAUACAAUCAAUGAGAAUUUUUAGGCUAAAGGACUUCCCUAGCUUCAUCCGUACCACUGAUCGUGACGACAUAAUGCUCAAUUUCUCCAUUCGAGAGGUCGAGCGAUUCAAAGGCGCCACUGCGAUCAUUCUCAACACGUUUGAUGAUCUGGAACAUGACGUCAUACAGUCGAUAAAAUCUAUGUUACCUCUAGUUUAUUCUAUUGGACCGCUCAAUCUCCUAGCGAGCCAGGAAUUCUAUGUGGAUAGUGAUAUGAGACAAAUUGGAUUAAAUUUGCGGAGAGAAGAAACUAAAUGUUUGGACUGGCUCGACACUAAAGCUCCAAACACUCCAAACAGUGUUGUUUUUGUAAAUUUUGGAUGCAUAACAGUGAUGAGUGUGGAGCAGCUAGAUGAGUUCGCUUGGGGUUUGGCUGGUAGUGGGAAAGAGUUUUUGUGGGUGAUCCGACUGGAUUUAGUAGCCGGGGAGGGGGCAGCGGUUCCACCGGAGUUUUGGUGUCCUCAAGAAAAAGUCGUUUACCACCCAGCAAUAGGAGGAUUCUUGACACAUUGUGGGUGGAACUCGACGUUAGAAAGUCUUUGUGACGGUGUUCCGAUGAUAUGUUGGCCAUUUUUUGCGGAGCAGCCAACGAACUGUAAAUUUUGUUGUGAUGAGUGGGGAGUAGGGAUGGAGAUUGGCGGUGAUGUAAAGAGAGAGGAGGUUGAGGCAGUUAUCCAAGAGUUAAUGGAUGGAGAAAAGGGAAAGAAGUUGAAGGAGAAGGGAGGGAAGUGGCAGCGGCUGGCCAAGGAAGCGACCGAGUAUCCAUCUGGUUCGUCAAACGUGAGCUUUGAGACCCUUGUUAAUAAGGUUCUCUAA